CAGACACCGCGCAGGGCGGGGAUUGGCUCCCUCCCUUCCUGUGCGUUCGCUACCGCGGUUCCUGGGACACCUGCUCACUGUCCCCAGUGAGGUGCUCAGCUCCCGACUCGAGCUCCGCGGAGCGGGAAGAAAGGCCGUGCGUCCCCGGCCUUCGACAGGAACCGCGCUGAGCGUUCGCAGGGCAAGAUGAGCGUGAUCGCGGCAGCCGGGGAGCCUCUACCCCGGCUCUGCUGCCUGGAGAAGGGACCGAACGGCUACGGCUUCCACCUGCACGGGGAGAAGGGCAAGGUGGGCCAGUUUAUUCGACUGGUGGAGCCCGGCUCGCCGGCCGAGAAGUCAGGGCUGCUGGCCGGGGACCGAUUGGUGGAGGUGAACGGCGAGAAUGUGGAGACGGAGACGCAUCAGCAGGUGGUGAGCCGCAUCCGCGCGGCGCUCAACUCUGUGCGCCUGCUGGUGGUCGACCCCGCGACGGACGAGCAUCUCAAGAAGCUGGGCGUCUCGAUCCGGGAGGACCUACUGCGCACCCAGAAGUCCGAAGAAGCCAAGCAGCCGGUCGCCACUGUCGCGCAGGAGACUGGAGAACAGGCCGAAAAGAGCCACCUGGAGCGGCGUGAGCUCCGGCCUCGGCUCUGUACCAUGAAGAAAGGCCCCAAUGGCUAUGGCUUCAAUCUGCACAGUGACAAGUCUAAGCCAGGCCAGUUCAUCCGAGCAGUGGACCCAGACUCUCCAGCAGAGGCCUCUGGACUCCGGGCCCAGGACCGCAUCGUGGAGGUCAAUGGUGUCUGCAUGGAGGGCAAGCUGCAUGGGGAUGUGGUAUCUGCCAUCAAGGCUGGAGGGAACGAGGCCAAGCUGCUGGUGGUGGACAAGGAAACCGAUGAGUUCUUCAAGAAGUGCAAAGUGAUCCCAUCACAGGCACACCUGGAUGGACCCUUGCCUGAGCCCUUCACCAACGGAGAGAUACAGAAGGAGAGCAGCCGUGAAGGCCCAGCAGAGGCAGCUUCAGAGAGCCCCAGGCCAGCCCUGGCAAGAUCUGCCUCCAGCGAUACCAGUGAGGAGCUAAAUUCCCAAGACAGCCCCAAGAGACAGGCGUCCACAGAGCCCUCAUCUACCUCCUCCUCCUCCGACCCCAUCUUGGACUUCAACAUCUCCCUGGCUGUGGCUAAAGAGAGGGCCCACCAGAAGCGCAGUAGCAAGCGGGCCCCACAGAUGGACUGGAGCAAGAAAAAUGAACUGUUCAGCAACCUCUGAGCACCCGACCAGUGCUGGACGGUGGAGCCACCCACCCACCUGACCUAGCCUCCCCUCCUCCCAGUCACCCACCAAUCAACAUUCAAAUCAGCACCCCGCCCCCUUCCUGACAAAUCUGAUUGUCUUAGGAAUUCUGCCCUUCCCUCUCACCUUAGGGAAGGAGAAUGUUUUUGUCCCGUCCCCAUACUUAUCCCUGAGGGCUUCAUCCUACCAAGUGUCCCCUCACCGGUCUGCCUAGGACAUCACUGGGACCCACACCAAGCAAGGAUCUUUGGACCAGACAAGAAGUUCUCCCUCAACUACAUGUGAUGACAAGUCCAGGGCUCACUGGGGACUGACUGUAGCGGCCAUUGCUUAUAAUGGACAGGGUGCCUGAGGUCCUUAGAGCUAUGGCUUGGGCUUCUUUGAUCCAUUUGAUUUUUUUUUAAGGGUGUAGCAUUGCAGAAUUUAGAGGGGUUCUUGUUUUCAUGAUUCUUGUGAUUUUCCCGGUUGUUUGUACCCAGAGCAUGGCAAUGGCUUCACCCUUAAACUUUUGUUUCUACUCUCACUCUGAAAGACCUGGGCAGCACGGGGAAACCCAGGCUGCCUCUGCCUGUCCUGAGACAGGUGCCACCACUGUAAGGAAACGCCUUCAGAAAUUCACUGGUCCCUCUAAACCA